ACUGUCGGGUCUCCACGGGCCUGGCUCGCCGGGGCGGAUCCUCAGGGCGGCCCCCAAGACCACAGGCAAGAUGAACAUUCUGGCCCCGGUGCGGAGGGACCGCGUCCUGGCGGAGCUGCCCCAGUGCCUGAAAAAGGAGGCCGCCUUGCACGUGCAUAAAGACUUCAAUGUCCGGGUCACCUGCGCCUGCCAGGAACACCGGACAGGCACCGUGGGAUUUAAGAUCUCCAAGGUCAUUGUGGUGGGGGACCUGUCCGUGGGGAAGACGUGCCUCAUUAACAGGUUCUGCAAAGACACCUUUGAUAAGAACUACAAGGCCACCAUCGGAGUUGACUUCGAGAUGGAGCGAUUUGAGGUUUUGGGCGUUCCCUUCAGCCUGCAGCUGUGGGAUACUGCCGGACAGGAGAGGUUCAAAUGUAUUGCAUCCACCUACUACCGAGGAGCUCAGGCCAUCAUUAUUGUUUUCAAUCUGAAUGAUGUGGCUUCCCUGGAACACACCAAGCAGUGGCUGGCUGAUGCCCUCAAGGAGAACGACCCCGCCAGGGUGCUGCUCUUCCUUGUGGGUUCCAAGAAGGACUUGAGUACUCCCGCUCAGUACGCGCUCAUGGAGAAGGAUGCGCUCAAGGUGGCCCAGGAGAUGAAGGCCGAGUACUGGGCGGUCUCCUCUCUCACUGGUGAGAACGUUCGAGAGUUCUUCUUUCGGGUGGCUGCCCUGACCUUUGAAGCCAAUGUACUGGCUGAGCUGGAAAAAUCUGGAGCCCGGCGCAUUGGGGAUGUUGUGCGCCUCAACAGUGACGACAGCAACCUCUAUCUGACUGCCAGCAAGAAGAAGCUUGCGUGCUGCCCCUGAGGAGUGAGGGCAUUGUUUUAGAGACUGCCCACCCCAGGGCAUCGUGGCACCCUGACUCCCUCAGGGUGCCUGUGCUGGUUUUCUAGACCACAGAGCUGCCCCUGGGGGCAGUACCCCCAGAGGGUUUGCUGGGACCAUGCUAAUGAUUAAUGCUUCCAGGCACCAUGCCAAAGACUGGAUGCCCUCCUGGAUCUCCAGGGACUGCGUGUAUAUGCACCCGUGCAGGGCCGUGUCCCUGCAUGCAUUGCAAGCCCAGCCCCACACUGUGCCUUACGCAUUAAAACCUCUGAGUUACUAGCA